GGCACUAUAAAUACGUGGCAUCGUCUUCUCCAAUCCCCAUUUCACUCUCUCCAUACACACUCAUAAGUCAUACAGAGGCGCACGAAUGUACAGAUUCUGCUCCCCAACAAACCCUAACAAUUCCGGCAGAGGAGAGCGAUUAAUGUUUGAUCGUCGCAGCGCAGAGAGAUUGGAGCCUGAAAUGGCUGAAAUCAGCGCCGAUGAAGUGUUUCUCACUACUGUGAAGGAGGAGCCAUUGGUAGUUCUGGAGGAAGACGAAGAGUAUUUCGGAAGUGGUUUUGACGAUGCGUGGGCGGCGGAGGAGCAGACGAAGCCGAUACAAGGCCUGAGAGAGGUAGGACCGCCGCCGUUCCUGAAGAAGACGUUCGAGAUGGUGGAUGAUCCGACCGCCGAUUCCAUUAUCUCGUGGAGUUCGUCGGGGAAGAGCUUCGUUGUUUGGGAUAUUCACAAGUUCUCGUCCGAUUUACUACCUAGACACUUCAAACACAACAAUUUCUCCAGCUUCGUUCGCCAAUUGAACACCUAUCGAUUUAAGAAGAUCGAUGCAGAUAGAUGGGAAUUCGCAAACGAAGGAUUUCAAAAGGGGAAGAAACACUUACUAAAGCACAUCAAAAGGAGAAAACAGAGUCCACAAAUCCUCCACAACUCCUCUUCACUCACCGCCAAAUGCUCGUCGGAAACCGAUCUCGAGAAACUGAAGAGCGAUCACCGCCUGCUGCACCGGGAACUCAAUAAGCUCCGGCAGCAACACGACGACGCGAUGCAUUACCUCAACUCCGCCAGCGAUCGCCUAACUCUAACCGAAACCAAGCAAAAGAACAUGAUCAUAUUCCUGAUCAAAUCUCUCAAAAAUCCUCUGUUCUUGCAGCAUGUCAUCAACAGGUUGAGACGAAGAAAUUCAGUUGUGUCGAACGGAAUCUCAAAGAGACGACGAUUGUUCGACGGAAGAUCUGUCGAAUCCAGCGCCACAAGAACACCCGAUCCACCGAGCAGCUCGAACACCAACGUCUACUCCUCGGAGAACUUCAUUCUGUGGGAGAAACUAAUGGAAGACGACUUGAUUUACGACGAAGAACAGGGAGAAUCGACGAAACAGAAAUCGGAGAUGAUUGCCUCCGAGCUCGAGGAUUUGAUCGCGAAACCGAUGGAAUGGGGCGUCGGGAUGGCGGCGGUGGUUGAACCGAUCAGUUUUCCGGCGUCGACGGCUUAGGAAUUAUAAGUAAGUUUUUACGAUUUUAAAGGGUGCUUUGCAUAUAAAUAUUUGUUCUUGUUUUAUGCUGGUUUUGGGGAUUUUAUGUAGUUUUUAGAAGUACGAAUGUGAAGUUAAGUCUUAAUGUAGUUUGAAAUGAGUAGUAGUAAUAUAUGCAUGGUAAAUAAUGUGGAUAUGUGAUUUUUAAAUAUGCUGUAAAUUUACAUUGGAGUGUAGUAUUCAUUCAACAACAAUAAUUGUAUAUACUUUUAUGAUUAAUAGUCGGUCUCUAACGGUCAUAUUUAUCUUUUGCGUUAA